GUUAUCACUCAGAUCACUGACAGUUUUUGAUCCACUCAACAAAUUCUUGUUCCGUUUAUUAUAAAGACGAGGUGGCGAGCGAUUCCCAUUUAUUACAUCAUAAAGAAUCCAGUGCGAGAUAAUCCAUAAGUAUUUAAGUGCGAGCACCUUUUAAUCCUAUGUCGAUAGUGCUUAACUAAACUGUUUUUCCUCUUUAUUUAGAUUAGAUGAAGUUCUUUUUUAAAUGAGGAGAAAUAUAUGUUGCAAAGAACGUAUGCUUCAUAAUUAGUCUAUCCAAGAUGAAAAUACCGACAAUUUUUGGCGCAAAUCACAAGUUCUAUACAUUUCCCUCUCUGUUUACGCAAUCGUCAUUAUUGACUAAACGAUUUCCAAGAUCUUCAAGCUUGCAAACUCGUUCGUUGCACUCUGGACACAAGUUAGAACUGCCUGUUGAUAGAAAUAAACUUUGGAUACCUAUAUAUCGCCUGCGUUCCAUAGUUUCCCUUCAGGUGAUUUCACGAUUUAAACUUAUCCUAACUGGUUCAUUUAUUCUCGGCUGUCCAGUGGCUACCUACAAAUACCUACAAGACCAAGUUUCUUCCUCAUUACUUUAUUCAUUUGUGGGUUGUACUACGUUUUCUCUGUGCAGCCUGAUUAUUUUCAGUUGGUUCAGCACCAAAGUCGUGGGAGUCGUAAGUUCAUCAUAG